AUACAAAGCAUAUAGCAUUUAGUACUUGUUUAAAACUUUCCUAUAAAAGACCUAAAAGUGUUUUUAGUAGAACAUUAAAGAAAAUGAAUAAAAUCGGAAAAAUUGGAUUUUUAGGUGGUGGAAGGAUUGCCCAAGCUAUGGCAAAAGGCUUUAUAUCUUCGGGUUUAACAAAAGCUGAAUCUGUUAUUGCUAGUGUGCAUCCGGCAGAUAAGUUGUCACUGGAAUCAUUUCAGCAACUAGGUGUUGAAACAAUAACCACUAAUGCCCCGAUUAUAGAAAAAUCUGAUAUAGUAUUCAUAUCCGUAAAACCUCAAGUUGUUCCUACUGUUUUGACUGAAAUCAAAGCAAAAAGUGGUGAGAAACUAUUUAUCUCCGUUGCCAUGGGUAUAACGCUAAAAACUUUGGAACAGAAUCUUUCCUCAAGCGCCCGCGUUAUACGUGUCAUGCCCAAUACACCAGCUUUAGUACAAUCUGGAUGUUCAGUAUUUGUUCGUGGCACCAAGGCCACCGAUUCGGAUGCAGCAAACACACAAAAACUUCUCGAGUCAAUUGGUACAUGCGAAGAAGUCCCAGAGAGUUUAAUCGAUCCCAUAACUGCACUUAGUGGUAGUGGACCAGCAUAUGUUUUUGUUAUGAUUGAAGCUUUGGCCGAUGGGGCUGUACGAAUGGGUAUGCCACGUGAUAUGGCAUAUCGUUUGGCAUCUCAGACUGUUAUGGGUUCUGGUAUGUUGGUGAGAGAGACCAAGGAUCAUCCGGGUGUUUUGAAGGAUAAUGUCACAAGUCCAGCAGGUUCUACGGCAGCAGCACUUAAACAUUUAGAAGAAGCUGGUUUCAGAGCUGCAGUAGCUGGUGCCAUAGAAGCAGCUACAAUCAGAUGUCGUCAAAUGGCUGGCGGUCAAUAAACAAUAAAUGGAAAUUAGGAAUUUUGAAAAAUUUGGUUCUUGUUAUUAACUAGUUCUUUUAAUUUAUUUUUUACAAAAUAAAAACUAAUGUAUUACUAAUUAAUACAUGUAUAAA